AAUUGUCUAUUGACCAAAAUUCACAAAAGAAGCAUGACGAUGAAGUUGUUCUAUUAGUUUAUUUAUUGAAAAAUUCAAGAGCUUAAUAGUUUCGACAGCUGCCCCGUACUUUUACUGUGACACACUACUAAUUUUCAAUACGGCAUGAUGGUGGAGGGCUCGGCAUUUACUCGGAACGAUGUGUUCCAAAUGGCUAUACGUGUGGCGUUCGUAUCUGCAGUCACAUAUUUCUCCAUAAAGUGGCUCGUCAACCAGAUCGAUCCGACUUCCAAGAGCCGGAAGAAGGCCGAGGAAAGAGCCCGGGAGCAGUUACGCAAAGCCGGGCUCAGCGGGAAGCACGCGCUGGCCUUAGACAAGCUCACCGACCACGAGAUGAUCAUCGCGUCGCAGCUGGUUGUGCCCGAUGAGAUCAAUGUGAACUGGAAAGACAUAGCCGGCCUAGACAACUUGAUCCAGGAGUUGCGCGAGACGGUGAUCCUGCCGAUCCAGAAGCGCGACCUGUUCGCCGACAGCCGCCUCACGCAGCCGCCGAAGGGGGUGCUGCUGCAUGGACCCCCAGGUUGCGGCAAGACCCUGAUCGCCAAAGCGACGGCCAAGGAGGCGAACAUGAGCUUCAUCAACCUCGACGUAUCUCUGCUUACGGACAAGUGGUACGGCGAGACGCAGAAGCUGGCCGCUGCCGUGUUCAGUCUGGCUGUUAAACUGCAGCCGUGUAUUGUUUUUAUUGACGAGAUCGAGUCGUUUCUGCGUACGCGCACGGCGCACGACCACGAGGCAACGGCGAUGAUGAAGACGCAAUUCAUGUCGCUGUGGGACGGGCUCAUCACCGACCCCGCCUGCACUGUCAUCAUCAUGGGAGCGACGAACCGGCCGCAGGACCUGGACAAGGCGAUCCAGCGCCGCAUGCCCGCCACCUUCCACGUGCCCAUGCCGAGCGACGCGCAGCGCGAGCGCAUCCUGCAGCUCAUCCUGCGCUCCGAGCCCGUGGCGCGCGACAUCGACUUUAAGCGCCUAGCGUCGGCCACAGAAGGCUUCUCGGGCUCGGACCUACAUGAACUGUGUCGCCAGGCCGCUGUAUACAGAGUGCGGGACUUAGCACGUGACGAGAUGCGCCGCGACAACGAACAGAGCAAAACCAGCCAGAAAUCCAACCAUACAGAAUCCGACGACGAAUACGUAGACGCCGUGCGCCCAAUCACCAUGGAAGACCUCCGCCUCUCGCUGGCAAAACUAAGGGAGUCCAAACUGCACUGCGGCACUCUCCCUCCAAACAUGCGGAUAGAGCUUGACUAGACCCUAUAAUAAGGGGGUAGAGUCGACUUUGGAACGCCAUGGGACUGUAAGAAUUGUAACUUAGUACUCAGUUAGAUAAUCGACUCUUUUCCCGGGGAGUACAGUCGACUUUAGAAUGCCGUGGAACUGUGUAAACCAAGUGUAGUAUAGUACUCGAUUAGAUUCUUUUCCUGGGGAAUAAAGUCUACUUUGCAACGCCAUGGGACUGUAAGUAUUGUAACUAAGUACUCGAUUAGUUCGAUUAGAUUCGACUCUUUUCCCGAAGAGUAGAGUCGAUUUUGCAAUGCCGUGAGACUGUAAGACGUCUGUAGUAUAUUAUUUUACUAGAUUAGUUCUCGAUUAGACUCUCUUCCCGGUGGAUAAAGUCUACUGUAGAACAGCAUGGAACUGUGUGUACCAAGUUUUGUAUGGACUCUGUCCUCUGGGGAUAAAGUCGACUUUGGAACGCCAUGGGACUGUAAGAUUUGUAACUUAGUACUCAAUUAGAUAAUCGACUCUUUUCCCGGGGAGUAAGGUCGAUUUUGCAAUGCCGUGGGACUGUGCAACACGUUUGUAGCAUAUUACUUACCAAGUUUUGUAUGGACUCUGUCCCCGGGGGAUAAAGUCGACUUUGGAAUGCCAUGGGACUGUAAGAAUUGUAACUUAGUACUCAGUUAGAUAAUCGACUGUUUUCCCGGGGAGUAGAGUCGAUUUUCCAAUGCCGUGAUACUGUAACACGUCUAUAGCAUAUAACUUUACUAGAUUAGUUCUCGAUUAGACUCUUCCCGGUGGAUAAAGUCUACUUUAGAACAGCAUGGAACUGUGUGUACCAAGUUUUGUAUGGACUCUGUCCUCUGGGGAUAAAGUCGACUUUGGAACGCCAUGGGACUGUAAGAUUUGUAACUUAGUACUCAAUUAGAUAAUCGACUCUUUUCCCGGGGAGUAAGGUCGAUUUUGCAAUGCCGUGAGACUGUAACACGUCUGUAGUAUAUUACUUUACUAGAUUAGUUCUCAAUUAGACUCUCUCCCCAAUGGAUAAAGUUUACUUUAGAACGGCAUGGAACUGAUACCAGUUUUGUAUUUGCAUAGACCGUCCUUGGGGGAUGAGUCGACUUUGGAACGCCAUGGGACUGUAAGAAUUGUAACUUAGUACUCAAUUAGAUAAUCGACUGUUUUCCCGGGGAGUAGAGUCGAUUUUCCAAUGCCGUGAUACUGUAACACGUCUGUAGUAUAUUACUUUACUAGAUUAGUUCUCGAUUAGACUCUUCCCGGUGGAUAAAGUCUACUGUAGAACAGCAUGGAACUGUGUGUACCAAGUUUUGUAUGGACUCUGUCCUCUGGGGAUGAAGUCGACUUUGGAACGCCAUGGGACUGUAAGAAUUGUAACUUAUU